AUGUUCAAUUCAUUUAAAGCGUCUGCCUUUGGACGUUUUACCAGGCAGUUUCGACUUAGUUUUGUGAGAGAGGCCCAUAAGAAAGCAGGAGGUUCCAAGACCCAUAUGCAAGACUCUGCAGGUAAGAGACUUGGACCCAAGAAGCACGAAGGACAAGAGGUGAAAAGAGGUCAGAUUAUUAUGAGACAAAGAGGUACCAAUUGGUAUCCAGGUACUAACGUUGGUAUUGGUAAAGACCAUACAUUAUUUGCAUUAGAGCCGGGUUAUGUUCGAUACUAUUUAGAUCCGUUCCAUCCCAAGAGGAAGUUCAUAGGCAUUGUAUUAGGCAAGGAGGACAGAUUACCGUAUGAGCACUUUGCUGCGACACAUAGAAGACUUGGAAGAAGGGUUAUUAAGAAUACUGUGGCAUCACAGAGAGAAGAGGAGUAUAUGAGUCGUAAAGAGCAGCUUAUUAUGCCUGAUAUUAUGAAGGAAAAGCAGGCUAGAGACCAGAAAAGAGCAGGAAAAGUGGCCAAGUUUCAGAAUGAUUUGCCGAAGUUUGUUGGAGAUUUAAGCACGGAAGAACUUGCGAUUGCAGCUCAAAGAAUGAACGCUAUAGAUGGAUUUAUGAGGGGAGGAAAGAGUCUUGAAGAUGGUCGAUUUUAUGCCACUUACAACUACAACUAUGAAACGGAUUUGAGCUGUAGGGCACGAAAGGAGAUAAGUGAGGCAGAAUUGGAGAGUAGGAAGCAGGAGUAUGCGGAAUUGGCCAAGAAAGUUGACGACAAAGUGAUGUUGGAUGCACGGUUCCAGUUGUGUAAGUACUUGGAUGCACAGCAAAGAGAAGAGAGGAAGAAGCAGGAUAUUGAACAGUUGAAGACUUUGAUUCCGGAUGCAAACAAGCCAGUUGAUAAGAGAGUUAGAGAGAAGGCCAUGGAGUUGAUUGACGAUUCAUGUUUCAGCUUGAGCGAGCAGAUUCACCUUAAGAGAAGGUUUUUGAAGCCUGUUUUGCCAGAAUCUGAGGAAUUGUUGGGAGACGACAAGACCAAGCAUGCCAUAGUGAUUAGUAGGAUGAACUAUGAUACGAGAAGAGUCGAUACGAUUUAUAGGAAGAAAGAAGGGUUUUUGAAGUGA